CAUCCUUUGCCACUGAGGACGGUGAUUUGAUUAUAAGUCAUGUUGACCCUUAUUUUGUUGGCUGAUUAACAGAGCUCCAAUUCCACGAGCUUUGACUUGGUGCAGGAGGUAGGGCUAUAAUUUAAUGGUUGCACCUCUCUUUCGUUGGGAGGUUAUUUUCAAACUACCUAAAAUAAUUCACUCCUGAUGUGACAUUCUCAACUUUAAUCCAAGUAGAAUAAGGAGAAAAUAAGUAUGUGAGAGGUUGGAAGAGGAGAGAAAGGCUUGGACAGAUUCUGCACAAAAUAAUUAUGCAGCUGAUAUGAAGCUCUUCCUGUUGGUCCUCUCACCAACCACCUAUACCAUGUUAGUUUCUAGCCCAGCUAUGAUUGAUGCAACAAGGGUAUCACACAUCAUCUUUGUAACUCUUGCAUGAAAAUUUUGUGUUACGAGAGCACCGCUUCUAUGGUUGAUGUAAUGCCCUGAUGUCUCUUUAAGCCCACCACAUCAAAGGAGCCAUGUUGCUACGGUUCUGAUAUCAGAUGCACACACACCUGGUUCAUCUAAGAACUUUUCAGUUUUUUGGCUGUCAUUAAAUUGCCACAAACCACAGAUGUUGGAAAAAAAGAUCUUAGGAUGAUACAAAGUGACCAUCCUCUGAUGGCAUUGCAAAUAAACCUGCACCAGUAUGUCUCCAAAGUCCUAGUAGAAGGAAUCAAAAUUUUCAGCACCACUUCAAGUUGUGAUGAUUUUUUAUUUCCUAGGUGUUCUGGUGUCUGAAAAAAAAAAAAACCAUUCAUAAAUAAUGUAUCAGGUGGUGACUCCACCACUUUGGUACUGUUUCUCAAAGUCAAUUCUUAGUUCUUACCCUGCAGCCGAAGGCCAAUGAAUGGCCUCAAUGCAGACCACAAGGUCAGCAACCAUUUGAUAAAACAGCUGCGACUGGGGCCCAACAACCGAGUCUAGGGCCAUUUCUUUAUUUUGAGGAAGCCAAUCUUCCACAAACAAAUAGGUGUCAUAUCUCUAAUGCAACGCCCGCCGAAGUUGAAAACAGGAAGGAAAGCCUGUCUGAACAUGCCAAGAAAGUCAAGAAAAUAAACUCCUUAUCUCAGCUUCACCAUUUCUAUUCUGGUCUCCAAGUUCCCAUUCUGUGCCUCUCCCUUGAGAUCCCAGAUACUACCGGUGACCAUGGCAGGCCAGGCAGUGCUAUCUUCCUUCAUGCAGGUUCUUUUUGAGAAACUUGCUACUGCUGCCUUGAAUGAGUUCAGAUUGCUGCGGGGCGUCGACAAAGAGUUGCAGAACCUGGCAACCACAUUAUCAACAAUACAAGCUUUGCUUGAAGAUGCAGAGGAGAAGCAAUUUAGGAACAAAUCAGUGGGAAUCUGGCUGGCAAGGCUUAAAGAAGUUGCUUAUGACAUGGAUGAAUUGCUGGACUUCUAUGCAGCAGAAUCCCUGCAAUUGAAAGUAAAGGGCAGAGCUCAGAGCCACUGGAAGAAGCAGGUAAGUCCCUACUUGAACUGUCUUUAUUGGCACAAAGUUUCAUCAAAACACAAGCUAGCACAUACAAUGGAGUCAUUUCAAAAAAGGUUAGAUACCCUUGCAAGGGAACGGCAUAUUCUUGGACUUGAAAUGUUAUGUGGGACAAGCCAGCUAGAAAUCACGGAGAGACCACAGACCAGUUCACUAGUAGAUGACUCAAAUGUGUUUGGAAGAGAAAAGGAAAAGGAGUCUAUUGUAAGAACUUUGCUGUUAACUAGUAAUACCAGUCGUCUUUCUGUUCUCCCAAUAGUUGGCAUGGGGGGCCUAGGGAAGACAACUCUUGCCCAGCUUGUAUAUAAUGAUCCUAGAAUAAAAGAAUGCUUCCCGUUAAGAAUGUGGGUGUGUGUAUCUGAGAAUUUUAAUGAGACAAAGUUGACAAAAGAAACCCUCGAAUCAGCUUCCAGCGGGUAUGCUUCUGCUAGUGGCUAUUCCUUUGCCACCACAAACAUGAACCUACUUCAGGAAGAUCUCUGUGGUAAAUUAGAAGGGAAACGAUUCUUGCUUGUUUUGGAUGAUAUCUGGAAUGAGGACCCUGACAAAUGGGACAGAUAUCGUAAUGCUUUGAUUGCUGGGGAAAGAGGAAGCAAGAUUAUAGUAACAACAAGGAAUGAGAAAGUUGGAAGGACGAUGGGUGGAUUACAUCCUUAUCAUUUGAAGCACUUGUCAGAUGAUGACUGCUGGAAGUUGUUCAAAAAUUAUGCAUUUGUUGAUGGUGAUUCCAGUUUACAUCCAAAUCUGGAGGAGAUGGGGAAGGAAAUUGUUAAAAAGUUGAAGGGAUUACCUCUUGCAGCCAAGACACUUGGGAGCCUCUUGUACUCUAAACUGGAUGAGGAAGUCUGGAAAAAUAUUCUGAAAAGUGAAAUCUGGGAACUACCAGACAAGAACAAUAUCUUACCAGCCCUAAGGUUGAGCUACAAGCACUUACCCCCACACCUGAAGCAGUGCUUUGCAUUCUGUUCUGUGUUUCAUAAAGAUUAUGUCUUUGAGAAAGAUAAGUUGGUUCAGAUUUGGAUGGCACUGGGAUUUAUUCAGCCUCAAGGAAGAAAACGUUUGGAGGACACAGGGAGCAGCUACUUUGAUGAAUUAGUAAGCAGAUCUUUCUUUCAGCGUCAUAAAGGCAACUAUGUGAUGCAUGAUGCAAUUCAUGAUCUAGCACAGUUUAUCUCCAUUGGAGAAUGCCACAGAUUAGAGGAUGGUGUAAGGGACCAAAUUUCUGAAAAGACACGACAUUUAUCAUUUUCAUGUGCCAAUUCAAUGUCAACCUUGUUUGAGCCAUUCUAUAAAUUUGAGAAAUUACGUACACUGCUACUGUUGCAGGGAUAUAAAUCUAAGAUCAGUCCCAUUCCAGAAGACCUCUGCCUAAAACUUCGAUUCCUGCGUGUACUAGAUCUACAUCGCAGAGAUAUAAAUGAGUUGCCAAAUCCUAUUGGAAAUCUGAUACAGCUUCGGUAUCUAGGACUCUCCGGUACUGGAAUCAAAACACUGCCCUUGUCAAUCAGUAGGCUGCACAAUUUGCAGACGCUAAAACUAAAAUACUGCAAUUUUCUAACUGAAUUGCCAAAAGGGCUGACAAACCUAAUAAAUCUGCGACAUCUUGAAGUAAGUACAAGGCUGACUUCUCAGAUAGCCGGAAUUGGAAAGCUAACUUGCCUUCAGGAAUUAGAGGAAUUUGUGGUUCGCAAGGAUAAAGGACACAGGAUAAAAGAGUUGAAGGACAUGAACGAGCUACGAGGACAUCUUUGCAUUCGGAAUCUAGAGAAUGUGGUCAGUGGAGAAGAGGCAAGCAAGGCAAAGUUGAAUGCGAAGGAAUACCUUACAGUGCUAGAUCUUGUAUGGUCGGAUGACAGGCAUGUCAGUUCGCUAGAUGAGCAUUUGGACAAUGAGGUGCUUGAAGGCCUCCAGCCACAUCUGGAAGUGAAGGAGCUCACAAUCAAGGGCUAUGCAGGUGUCACAUUUCCAAGUUGGCUAGGUAGCCCAUCACUUUCUUAUCUACAGACCAUCCACCUAUCCAACUGCAGAGGAUGCACAGUCCUUCCACCUCUGGGGCAGCUGCCCUCUCUCAGGUAUCUAGAUGUAGGAGAAGUAUAUGGGGUGGUUCAAAUUGGCCAAGAGUUUUCAGGGUUUCCAUCAUUGAGUGAACUGGUACUUGAAGACAUGCUUAAGCUGAAGGAAUGGAGUUACCCAGAUGAUGAUGAGUCAUUCCCAUGCCUCACUGCUCUUGAAGUUGUUGACUGUCCUAAGCUGGGGAAAUUGCCAUGCCUCCCACCAAGCUUGACAAGGCUCCGAAUUUCUGAAACAGGGAUAAAAAAUCUUCCAGAAGUGCGACCAUCAAACUCCCGGCCCUUACCAUCACUGUCAACUUUGCAUAUUCACGAGUGUCCAAACUUGGGAUCCCUGCGGCAAGGUCUGUUUGCUCAACAACUGAGGGAUCUUCAGGAAUUGACAAUCACCAAUUGUGAGAAGCUUGAAUCACUUCCAGUGCAUGGCUUCCGGCCCCUUGUCGCACUUAAAAAACUCCACAUUUACAACUGCCCCCAUCUUGCACCACAGGGAGAGGAAGGGAGGCUAUUGCUGCCCAUGCUGCUGGAAGACCUCCAAAUCAGCUCGUCCUCCAAACUGAUUAACCCGCUGCUCAGUGAGCUCAAGAGCCUCCCUUCCCUUGCACAUUUAAAAAUUGCCGACUGCACCGAUCUCUACCAUUUUCCAGAUGAGGGGCUGCCUGUCACACUCAAAUUCUUGGGAAUCUCGGAUUGUGAAAAUCUGCAGUCCUUGCCUUCUCAGCUGCAGGAACUCAUCUCCCUCACAGUUCUAGUUAUUAGCAAUUGCCCUCAGAUCCCGUGCUUACCGAUGCAUGACCUGCCUUCUGUGUUGCAAGAAUUGUACAUCAAAGGAUGCCCACUAUUGAAAGAGCGUUGUCAAGAAAAUGGGGGACAUGACUGGCCCAAGAUAGCUCACAUCCUUAAGAUCCAAAUUGAUGAUGACAUUGUUGUGUCAGAGAGGGGAGGAAGGAGAAAAAGAUUAUCCUAUAAUGCCAGUAUUCAUUACUAAUGCUGCUAGGAACUGGAUGAAUGCUUACUUCCCAGAGCUUGUCACUGAAAUUCUUCAUAUUUUUCAUGACACAAAUGUGUACAAACCACUGCUUCUGACAGGGUUCAUAAAAUCUAUCUCGGGCAGCUUCCUACACCCAAAAGAGAUUGCAAAAUACACCAUUCUUGAUGUUUUGAAUGCUUGGAGUAUUGGUCAUUCGAGAUGAUAGUUCUCUUGGCUGGCCUACUUCCCAGUCCAAAGCUAGAGACUUCAGUACUUUCAAUCAGAGAGGCCCCCAUUCCAAUAUAGUUGCAGUAAUAUCGGUACCCUGUCUUGAAGGAAGUCUAUGGCAGGCAUGUUGGCAUGCUUGGGUAUAAUUUUAGUGUGCUAUUUAUUGGUGUUUUCUUUUGUUUUGUAUCCAUGCAUGAAUUUUAUGUAGUAUAUUUGUACAUGCUAUGACUAGGUCUUUUGUCUUGCAUUUAGGUGUAAAUCUUGUAGCAAGUGAUAUCUGCUUCAUUUUCCAGUUGAAGUUUAUGCAGUAUAUUUGUACAUGCUAUUUUGCCAGCCUCAACACUAUGUGUAUUGUUUAUAUGAUUCCAACUGGUCUCAGCAGUGCAGUGAGUAUAAGAGUUUCAAAUGAAUUGGGUGCUGGAAACCCACAAGCUGCAUGCUUAUCAGUGUAUGCUGCACUUAUCAUGGCUAUCACAGAGGGUUUGAUGGUAGCCUUGAUCACCAUUCUAGUACGCCAUGUCUGGGGCUACUUAUAUAGCAAUGAAGAAGAAGUAGCAAAAUAUGUAUCAAUAAUGAUGCCAAUUCUUGCAACCUCUGACUUUAUGGAUGGAAUACAAUGUACACUAUCAGGUGCUGCUCGAGGAUGUGGCUUACCGAUGCAUGACCUGCCUUCUGUGUUGCAAGAAUUGUACAUCAAAGGAUGCCCACUGUUGAAAGAGCGUUGUCAAGAAAAUGGAGGACAUGACUGGCCCAAGAUAGCUCACAUCCUUAAUAUCCAAACUGAUGAUGAGAUUUUUGUGUCAGAGAGGGGAGGAAGGAGAAAAAGAUGAUCCUAUAAUGCCAGUAUUCAUUGCUAAUGCUGCUAGGAACUGCAUGAAUGCUUACUUCCCAGAGCUUGUCACUGAAAUUCUUCAUAUUUUUCAUGACACAAAUGUGUACAAACCACUGCUUCUGACAGGGUUCAUAAAAUCUAUCUCGUGCAGCUUCCUACACCCAAAAGAGAUUGCAAAAUACACCAUUCUUGAUGUUUUGAAUAGUAAAUAACAAAUCUGUUUCCUCUUACACUUUCGCUGACUGAGCCAGACUCAACACAUUUCAGCCCUUCACAUAGCUUGAUUUUAUGCCCCUAAAACUUCUGUGGACCUAUUUUUUCUGGCACUGCUGCCUGCAGGACAUUGCCUCUGUGGUUGUAAUAUAGCUGAAAUCAGCCUGCUCUUAAUUUCCUUUGUCA